AUGGCAAGACGCGAUGACGAUGCCUACUACAAUUCCGGCGAAACGUCUAGAAAUAACACUGGGCCGUCAUUCCGUGAGCGCCAUUCCUGUUUUAUAAUUAUUCUUCAGGCACGCCAGAAAUUAGGUAUUCCUUGGGCUGGUGGUUCGGAUUGUCCUGCUGAAAGGGCCUCUCAUAUCCUUGACCAAAACUACCUGGAUACCCGGCUUGUUCGUCGAGAGCGCCUGCGUCAAAUGCAAUCGAUUUGGCUCGAGGAAGAAUUCUUGGCUAUAGUGGACGAGCUGCGUCUCGUCUGGGCCGACAAUGCUAUCCGACAAGCGUUUGAUCAGCGUUCUAAGAUGAUAACGGAAGAUUUUGUGAGCUUUCCAUCCAUAUAA